AUGUCUGCUUUCGAUCCACAAGCUACCAUGCUGCCCACGUCAGCGUCCAAUGUCCUUGGGCCAGCUGGUCCAAAUGCAUACUUUGAACCAUACAACGGCGCAACUAGUGUCUCCAAUCAGAUGUUCCAAGCAGGUGAUCACCAAGCGGUCCAUGCUCAGGCCCACGGCGUCGGUGGGUUUCCAACUUGGAGCCCACCUUUAUAUUCCACGCAAUCAUAUAUUCCACUCGAAGGGCCUCUCCUCACAAUGGCAUCUGGGCAACAAAACAAUACGGUUCCCUCGUCCUCCUUGGAUCCCGCUACUCGCACCUCGUUGCCAGCUCCACAACAUCAGCAUGACCCGACGGCUUUCAAUACCGUCAAAUAUCCCAACUCCCUCAUCCGCAUCGCAUCCUGUGGGCAGCACGGCUCAACCACCUCAACGGGUCAGGCCAGCACAACAUCCACCUCUUCUGAAGCGGUUCCCAAUGCGCUUAACACUUCUCCGGAAUCAAGCACUGUCGCGCAGUACCUCGCCGAUUUACAAAGGUCUGCGGACUCUCUCAUUCCCGUACGGCCGGAUGUCACUCGAAACAAGAAUAAGUUCGCACCAAAUAAGCGCAAUCCCGAGAAGUUCUGGACCAACUUCUUUUCCAGCGACAAUUCCCGUAAAAUUGCGCACGUGGUGACCAGGCCUGAGGUCAAGCAAGCUGCAAAGGAUCUCAUCAUGCACCGUCUGGCAACAAAAACGUGUUUUGACCUGGACAAAGACCAAGCGCUGGUGUGGGAGGAGUUCGUGGACUUCUUCAACCAAUGCGAGCAGAAUUUCGAGUUAAUUCCUCUUAAUGCCCGGAAGGAGCUUGUCGCAGCAAGCUUUACGUCAAUUAUUGGAGAUGCGUAUGCUGCUUUCAAGUUCCCUGCAUUGUCAGUUGUGGUUAUUCCUGGUGACCCUAACAAUGCACCCGAAGCAAGGAUAUUCAACAUUGCGCCUCCAGAGAACAAACUAUCCCCUUUAGCAUGGCUUGCACAUGAGCGCCCCAACGUCGCUGCAGGGUUUCGGGCAGGAAUGCAAGCCUAUGCGCACUACUUCUUUGACAGUAUAGCCCCUGAUCACUCGACCACUCUGGCCUUGCCAACCGCACAAGCCGAGACAACCUCUGAGUCGACCGCAGACCAAAGCGACAAUCAGAACAAGAAUAAACGUCGGCUAAAGUCACCAGAUAUAUACAAAGUUCCACUUCUGGGCGAGCGUGAUGGAAUACGGCUCUGGGCACUUGAUGAUAAUGUGUCUAUGCAUGACGGUCGUAGUGUCCUAUCUGCUGCAAUUCGGGACCGCUACUUGCGUGCAGGACAUGAUGAAUCGAAAUGGGGUUGGAAGUAUAUCAUGGCAAAUAUGGACAAUCUGUGCUAUCCAGAUGUCAUACCCGUCGUAACGGCAGAAAAUAAGCCCACCACCCGAGCUACGCUUCCUGGCGAUGUCAACUGGAACAAAGAUCACCUCAAUGCGUGGAUUGGACUCAUACAGUCUCAUCAAAAAGGGACAAUCAGCUGGGCAAGGGGCAUGCUUUUCAAACCUACUCCGAAGGCAAAGGCAAUUGCUGCGUUCUCUCCAGAGUUGCUCCCUUCAGAGGACUCAAGAACCGUCACAAAUGCCAGGCUAGUGCUCACUAACAGUCCAGAUGAGAACGAUUCGGUCCCUGCCUUUGGUGGUACCCAAAACGUCAACAUUGGGCAGUUAGGGCCAAUAAUGCUCAACGCACUCACUGGCACCACACCAGCAACCACGCCCGCAGCUGCAAACGUCAUGGUUGACAAGCCCAGGACCGAGGUACCUUAUGAGCAGCUCACCCCCGCCCAAAAACGCAAAAGAACACGUGCACUCAAUCUUGCAAAACAAGCGGCUCAGACCGAGGCUACAAACCCUCGGGUGGCUAAGAGCAGUUUGAACAUUGAAGCAGCGCAGAAUGAUGGCAUUGGCAAACGCAAAGUCGCAUGUUUGGAAAUGUUUGAGAUUGCCCAAUUUGGCCACAGAUGA